UUCCCAUUCAGAUGAGAAUUGUGUUCCUGUCUCUGCUGUUUUGCAAUAUUUCCAGCAUGAGAAGAGUCAUGUAUCUUCUGUUGCCUCUGCUGUUUCUUCAUGUUUCAGCUCAACGUCGGACGCCGUUUGGUUACAGACCAAAGCAGACAACACAGGAGGGAAGAGUGAGAUUGGUGGGGAAGCUUCCUUCUUCUGGUCGUGUGGAGAUCUAUCAUGAUGGACAGUGGGGAACAGUUUGUGAUGACGGAUGGGACGUGGCCGAAGCACAAGUGGUGUGUCGGCAGAUGGGUUUCCCUGGGGCAAUCUCAGUUUCGUCUGGAGGGCAAUAUGGGGAAGGCUCUGGUCCAGUCUGGCUGGAUGACAUGAACUGUAAAGGUUCAGAAAGCUCAUUGUCUGAAUGCAGCUUCAAAGGCUGGGGUGUUAGUGACUGCACACAUAAAGAAGAUGCAGGAGUGAUCUGUGAGGCUGGUAAAAACAUAACCAGCAAUCGUCAGUUCUCUGUGGAUAACAGUCUGGGUUUGUCUGAUGAUCUUGGUCUUCUGUUUAAAAGUGGAGAUGGUUGUGAUUUCAUCAUUAAUGUACAAGACGUCAGUGAAGAGGCAGAGUUGCAGUUUUGUGUGCACCGUUUUAUCCUCAUGAUUUAUCCAGAACUAAACAUAACAAAUGAGUCCAGGAACCUCACACUGGAUGUCAGCCAGACGUGCCACCCUCAUGUCUCUGCUUUUCUCAGGUAUUUGUACACACGUCAGAUUGAUGUUUCCAUCACAUCGGCUCAAUGUCUCCAUCAGCUGUCAUUUAUCUUCGGGGUGAAGACUCUCAUGGAGGAUGUUGGCAGGGUCUUCACUUCACUCCUUCCAGAAGACAACACCUUCCGGACACAGGUAUCAAUGUACGAGUAUGGCGUCCGCACAGGUGACCUUGUUCUGCAGGAGAAUGUCCUUCAGUAUCUUUCCUGGAACUGUGAGUUCCUCAUAAACUCUCCGUUGUGGAGCACCAUCUCCUUUCACAUGAUGGACGCUCUGCUGCAGCGCUCAGACCUGGUUGUGAAGGAUGAAGCUUUACUUCUUGAAGCUCUGGAGAGAUGGAUCCAAGAUAAAAGUGAUGAGAUUAGUUCAGAGCAACAGGCCAGCCUCCUGAAUCACAUCCGCUUCCUCUUGAUCCCAGUGGAUAAACUGUAUGAAAUGCAGUUUUCCUCAAGUGUUCUCCAUCAGAAUCAUGAGAAACUGUACCUAACUGGUCUGCUCAGAGGUUUUCAGUUCAAUGCUCUGCCUUUCUCUACGAUCAGGAAUAAAAUGGAUAACAUGAGUAAUCAUUAUCUACCCAGAAUCUACACUGCUAAAGAGUGGAGUGUAUUUAUCAAUGACACAACCCCAAAAAUUAAUUACCAGCCCUACAACGAGUAUGGAUAUGACAGGUAUGGCAACCAGAUCAGAAACCAAGUUCCUAUCUUCUCCACUCGUGCACACCCUAGUGCUCUUUACAAAGAUCAGACGGUCCAGUGGCAAGCCCAGGUUUUUCGUAAUGCCCGGGACUGCUCUAACUAUGGUGUGUCAUGUACAUCUUUUCCUGUCGCAAGGUUCCUCGCAAGUGGUAAUCAGAACCGGUACGCCAACACCAUUCGCUUCAACAACAGGUUGAUUCUCACCUGUAAAAAUCAAAACAAUGUCUUUCAUGUUCAAGAAUUUAAAAACAGCAUGGCAGUGAUUCCAAACAACAGCACUAUGGGCCUGCCUAACCCCUGUCCUGAUGAAUACAGUUUUAGAUUUGCAGUGCGUCCAGAGUAUAUCUAGUAUAUAGUGACCUACAUGCAUUUCAGUUCAUUCGAAUCUAGUUUAACUGAAUCUAUGAAAUUCGAUCAAGUCUCUUUUUAUAAUUCAUGGGAAUCAUUCUACAAAUGUUUGUUAAUUUUACUCUUGACUUAUUUUAGCAAUAAAAAUGAACUUCCAAAAUAAAAAUAUGUAACGAACAUCAUCUUUGUCAGUGUCGUUCCUCUUUAAUGUCAAUGUAACAUUAAGAACUUGGACUUCAACGUUGAACAGAAGUUGCAAUUUGGUUGGAAUAAAUUACCAGAGAUCUUUCAAUAUCAUGGUCAGACAAAUCUGAUCUGAUCAAGAUCCACUCUCAGCCAGGCCCAAAGUAUUUAUUUUAAAGCUUUUAAUGAUGCAUGCAAUGGAUUAUCAAAAUAAACUGUCAAUGUAAAACUCUCAAAGUACACUCAUUCCUGCAGCACUAUGUUGGUCAUCUUUCUUGUGGAUACAAAGGAGAAAGGAUAACCAUUCACUGAUUUCAAAUUAACCACAAACAACCACCUUUGCUUUGAAAA